AUGGGGCUGCAGCAGGGCAGGUGUGGGGGUGGUGGCACAGGAUUUCUGAGCACUGGGGACCAAGCAGCAAAAGGAAACUAUGGCCUCCUUGAUCUAAUUCAAGCUUUGCGAUGGACUAGUGAAAAUAUUGGGUUCUUUGGUGGUGACCCAUUAAGAAUAACAGUUUUUGGAUCUGGGGCAGGCGGUUCGUGCGUCAAUCUGUUGACUUUAUCCCAUUAUUCUGAAGGUAACCGUUGGAGCAAUUCAACCAAAGGACUUUUUCAAAGAGCAAUAGCUCAAAGUGGAACAGCUCUCUCCAGCUGGGCGGUUAGCUUUCAGCCCGCAAAAUAUGCCAGGAUGUUGGCUACAAAAGUUGGUUGCAACAUGUCAGACACUGUAGAACUGGUGGAAUGUCUACAGAAGAAGCCUUACAGAGAACUUGUCGACCAGGACAUUCAGCCAGCAAGAUACCACAUAGCCUUUGGACCAGUAAUCGACGGCGACGUGAUCCCAGACGACCCUCAGAUCCUGAUGGAGCAAGGAGAGUUCCUCAACUAUGACAUCAUGCUGGGAGUCAACCAAGGGGAAGGGCUGAAGUUUGUUGAAAACAUCGUGGAUAGCGAAGAUGGCAUAUCAGCCAGUGAUUUUGACUUUGCAGUUUCUAAUUUCGUCGACAACUUAUACGGAUACCCCGAAGGCAAAGAUAUAUUGAGGGAAACUAUUAAAUUUAUGUACACAGACUGGGCAGACCGGCACAACCCCGAGACCAGAAGGAAAACACUGCUGGCUUUGUUCACUGAUCACCAGUGGGUUGCACCAGCAGUGGCCACAGCAGAUCUUCACUCGAAUUUUGGAUCGCCUACGUACUUCUAUGCCUUCUACCAUCAUUGCCAGACAGAUCAGGUACCUGCAUGGGCAGAUGCAGCCCAUGGAGAUGAGGUUCCUUAUGUACUAGGAAUCCCCAUGAUUGGUCCUACUGAGUUAUUUCCUUGUAAUUUCUCCAAAAAUGAUGUCAUGCUAAGUGCAGUGGUGAUGACGUACUGGACAAACUUUGCAAAAACUGGUGACCCAAAUCAACCAGUGCCGCAAGACACAAAAUUCAUCCACACAAAACCAAAUCGUUUUGAAGAAGUAGCAUGGACCAGAUAUUCUCAGAAAGACCAACUGUAUCUUCACAUUGGAUUAAAACCACGAGUUAAAGAACACUAUAGGGCCAAUAAAGUGAACCUUUGGUUGGAACUGGUACCUCAUCUGCACAAUCUUAACGACAUUUCACAGUAUACCUCUACCACAACUAAAGUGCCAUCGACUGAUAAUACUUUCAGACCCACAAGGAAAAAUUCUGUCUCAGUUACUUCAGCCUUUCCUACGGCCAAACAAGAUGAUCCCAAACAGCAGCCAAGCCCAUUUUCAGUGGAUCAAAGGGACUACUCAACAGAGUUGAGCGUUACUAUCGCAGUUGGCGCAUCUUUGCUGUUCCUGAACAUUUUGGCCUUUGCAGCGUUGUACUACAAAAAGGACAAGCGGAGACAUGAUGUUCACAGGAGAUGUAGCCCACAACGUACCACUACCAAUGAUCUCACCCAUGCACAAGAAGAGGAGAUAAUGUCCCUCCAAAUGAAGCACACUGACUUGGAUCAUGAAUGUGAGUCCAUCCAUCCACAUGAGGUGGUUCUUAGGACCGCCUGUCCCCCAGACUACACGCUAGCUAUGAGAAGGUCUCCUGAUGAUAUCCCCUUAAUGACACCCAACACCAUCACAAUGAUCCCCAACACUAUACCAGGGAUUCAGCCCCUACACACAUUCAACACAUUUACUGGAGGACAGAACAAUACUCUGCCCCAUCCUCAUCCCCACCCCCAUUCACACUCAACAACCAGGGUAUAGCCAGACAAGACGAAACAAACUUUUAUUUUUUGAUGGAUUACAGUAGGUGAUAUUACUGAAGAUUACUUGGCUUUCAACCUACAAGACUCUUACUAUUUAAAUAUGGAGGAAUAUUAUGUGAAUAUACAUAUCAAGAACAUUUGGGGUUUUGAAAAAAAAUGAAUUGUACAUAUAUCAAAUGAACUUAAGAAACAAACAAAACAAAAGAAAAAAAGAAACAAAAAACAAAAAACCCAACUGUUUGCAAUUGCUUGAAGCAGUUGUCCUGAAUGAUACUUUUUCAUUCACAUUCAAGUAUUAAUUUUUUGAAGAUUUAAGUUACAUAAUGGAAUUAGGCAUGUGCAACACAAACAGGAAAGAACUAUGACUGAAAAUUUUAAAAACCUAUAAAUAUGCACAAGGGACACACUAAUGGAAUGUCAGAUAAUUUUCACCAAUUUUUAUUUGGACCUGUUUUCUUGUGUAGACCAUAUUUACAUAUUUGAAUAAGUACACAAAGCACCAAUGCUGUUAAGGCCUUAGAAAGGGGCUCAUGCUGAAAUCUGCCAGUCAGAGAAGUUUUACAGCCUGGCAGGUACAACAUUAUCACAUAAGUGCUGUCAGUAUAAAAGUUGUGGGAAUAAAGGAAACUGGAUAUUUUUAGCACGAUGUGCAUGAUAAUUUAUAUGCUUGGUGGCUGUGCUGCUGAUUAAGCCGUAAUUAAAAUUCUUCUCAUCCCAUUGGAGUUUUUAAUAGAAGCUUUCUCCAUCAAUUGGCAUAACACAAAGAAAUUUUUUUAAAGGGGCAAAAGUAAUUACAGUAAAAUAUUUCAUGGUAGCUUCUGAAAGAGAAGGGAUUGCAACAGUUCUUGAAGGUAUUUAUGGCAUUCUAGGUAUACAGUGGUGGACCCUCACUGAUAUGAAUCCCAGACAAAAAAAUGUAUACUAUUAAUGUUCUUUUUCCUUUCCACCUAAAUAAUUUCUGACUUUGAAAUAACUAUAACUUUAAUGGAAUUUCCUUUGAUGAAGGAUUUAUAAUUUACUGUGAUUUAGUUACAGAGUACUUUGUUCAAAUUGAUGAAGUAAAGUGUGUCCAAAAAUUUAAUUGCGAUGACAUUUUUGCCAUUUAAAAUUGCCCCAAUAUUACCGCUCUGAUUACACCUUUCAGUUUAUGGUUUCAACUCAUGCUGCAUGUUACAAAGUUUACUUAUAAUACUUUAAUAUAAUGUUAAUUCCCCUUUUGCUAUACCUUAGCUUUGUCAUUCCAAUUAAUUCUCUAGACCAGAUGGCAAGAGCGUAGAAAAAGAGGGUAUAUGAGAACGGGGAGAGAGUCAACAACUGGAAAUUUAAAAAUCUGGAUACUACAUAUGUUUGUGUGAUUUGAAGUGAAUGUUCUAAAAUCACAAGAAAUUUUUCAUUCCCCUCUUGCUUUCCAGUAAUUCUAUACCAUGGUCCUUUCAAAACGUUUGUAUAUGUAAUCAGAUGUACAUUUAUAUAAAAGAAAUAAUUGAGAUGGACUUAAGAGCACAUCCCUGAUAAAUACUUUCUCUCUUACCUGUACUAUAUUUCUAUUAGACUAAAGUUAUGUGAUUUUUUUUUACAUUUUUUCAAAUUACUAGCAAUUUUGAUAGUUUGUAAGAUAAUGCGAAGAACUUUCUCUGACAAACUAACUGCAGUAACAGAAACAUUUCUUUUCAGUUACUCUUUUUGAAGAAUGAAAGCUUAUUACACACAAAAAUUGUAUACUACUUGAUGGAAAAUUACUUUGUAUUUCUUGGCCAAAUUACUGGUCACUGAGUGAAAUAAAGAUAAUCUGGAUAACGAAUAUUAUUCCAAUGUUAAGAGACCUGAUCUUUGCUCAUUAAAGAGCUAAAAUGUUUAUUGCUGUUUUGUCAUUUUUUAAUGAAGUAAUGGUAACUGUCUCAAAUAAAGAGUAAUAUCUUAAGACCAGUCUGGUUUUUGAAGACAGGAGGGUGCCUUCUACAAUUAAUAAAACUGCAUAUUUAUAGGUCAGCCCCACCCACAGCUAUUUCUUACAAGAAUAUUGACAUUGUGACUGUCAUCUCACGUAAAUCUCCUCCAGAUUUCAGGAAUGAGUUAAAAAUGCAAUAUUGACACAAAAAUAAAAGGCCAAAUUGAAAUAAAUCUGCAGUAUUCCAUGAUGGGAAAAAAAAAAGUCACCUGGGUUUUAUUGGGUGAUUGAACUUUUAGUAUAAAAGAUUGCUGAGAAGUUUAAAGUAUGUUUGCUAACAUCGAGCAUAGACAUUAAAAAUUAAACUGAAACCAAAACAAAUACUGCAAUUUCCAUUAUUUUACAUCCCUAUUUAACAACAACAACAAAAAGCAAAAAAAACCCAAGAAACAACCAAAAACGUGUACUUGGUACUUGUUACAGUCCCCAGUUUUAAAUUAUGAUCUUUUUGUAGAAGCAUAAAAAAGUCUUCAAAAUCCAGGGCGGUCUGUGUGCAAUUUCUGCCUGAUGUGGUUGUGCUUUUAGACUGUGACCUGCCAAUGUAAACCAAUAAAAAAAAUUGUCUGCCAUCUGAUAA